AUGGGCAAGCAGAAUUUGGCCGCAGCUGGGACCAGAGUUCUUCCCGCGGAGGAAGAGAACCCCAGGCUGAAGUGCAAAAACUGUGGCGCCUUCGGUCACAUGGCCAGCAGCACGAGGUGCCCCAUCAAGCGCUGGGAUGGGACCCUAGCAUUGUAUCCCUUGAACUCCAAAGUACAGAACCUGGGGCCACAGAAGAUCCAGCAGUCCAAGGAUUCCAGGCCCUUUACCAAGACACUACAAGACAAGGAGGGACACAGGCAACAAGAGAAGCUUUGCAGAACUCCCCUCCAGACAUGUCUCACCAAAGUCCAAGCAAGACAGCAACACCACCGUGAGAAUGCCACUGACUCCUCGGAAAACCUUCUGAGCACACCCAGGAGGCUUGUGCCUGUGCAAACAAACAAGAAGACAAGCGUCACGAAUCCUGUUCUCCAAGCUCAGUCAGAAGAGAGGUCUCAAGUCCCUGCGUCUCCUGUUCCCCAAGAAGCCUCCAGGGUGCAAGGCCCACCUCAAAGCUUCCAAUCGCAUGCACCAGUCAGCUGUCCUGCGGGGCAGACACGGGCCAAGCCACAGGAUCCUGCACGCACAAUGCGUCCACACUCCACACUCGGCAGCAUCGUUGAAGGCAAGAGAUCUGCCCGUUGGCCCAGAGCUUCUUGGCAGACGGGCCCCAAGAGGCCAAGGCUCGCUGCUACUGUCCCUGUACCACAGAAUGCUGGGAGCAACAAAGAGCCGGCGACUCUCCAAACACAACAGCCACUGCCACUGCCAGCUACAGCAGGACUUGGAAGGAAAGCAGCAUGGCAUGCCAUCCGGAGCUCACCAAAUCCAGAGCUCAGCGCUCGUCUGCAGCCUCCAAGCAAUAGACCGCAGCUGAAGCCCUCACAGGACUGCACUGGCUCCCAUCCCCCAAGUCCUGCCUCUGCCCCUCACCCACAGUCCCUCAAGAUGCUCCUCAGCAGACUUCAUGGCAACCGGUGGAGCUGCAGAAUCAUCAGCACUCCCUCUUCCCAUCCUCCUGACGAGGCCGUUCCUCAAACACUGAAGACCCCCAUUGCAGAAGGCAUAGUGGGAUCCUGCUCCAAAUCACCACUCAGCGUGCUCUAUGAGGAUCUCCAGGUCUCCUCCUCUUCCGAGGACACUGACCAGGAGGACUGA